AAAUUGGCCCAGGUCUCGCACCUGAUAAGCGCAUGUGCAAGACUGCCCCGGGUUGAAUUAUUGACAUCGGAAUUAAAUAUAAGUUAUUGAUGCGCAUGAGGGAGCCAUGGGAAGACCUCCGGUUCUCCGGUGCCCUGAUCUUGCACAAUAGAGCCAGUUCAUUUUCUAUUCAAUCAUUGCUACAGUAGACUAGGCCUACAGAAACGUGUCUCGUGCAGCCGGCGCUCGGCAACACUUGUUGGAAUGUCCAAUUCAGAAGAUACGAAUCACAGUCAACGGGCAGACAUCAACAAUCAAGAUCCACAGAUGGCCAACUCUGAAGAGAGAGGUGAUAGUCGAAGGCCAGAGCCCACGACCAGCUCAGCGGAUGGUGGAGCACACUUCAGGGGAACACAACACUCAACAAAUCGUGCUCCAACUCCAGUACACGUCAAUGCCUCCAAAAAAGUGUCAGAUGUAGCCAACAUAAUGAUCCCUCAGUGGAGCUUCAAUAUGAUGCCUCUUUCUGUGAAGCCGCAGUUGUCUCCUAUCAUCAUUGAUCAACAAAUUGCUGACAAAUACAAAGUCAGCCGAGCAGCUCACAUCGGCAUACUUGAACAACCAAGAACAGAAUCACCAAGGGGAAAUUCCAGUGAACAGCAAUUAGGAAGUGGUAAUGGAAACGCUCCAACAUCAGAGAUGGUCCGACCCCCCUCUACUUCAACCCCUCUUCUCCGCCCUCCAAUCUUAGUGCUACCUGAUGUGACACCUUCAGCACCUGGCAACUUCUCUUCCUCUCCAUCCUUACUGCAACUGAAUCAGCAACCGAAUCUCAACAGAACAUUCCAAACAGUGGUAAACCUGCGUUGCCCUCUUCCUAGUAAUUAUAUCUAUCCAAUGUAUGACCACUUUAUCAAUGGAGUUGUGCCGUCAUAUAGCUGUAUGUUUUGUUUGUUCCGUUGCACUGAUCAGUCAACCAUGGAAGGGCACAUUAGAUUGCACAUCGACAAAAAUAUCCCUUAUAUUUGUGGCCUUUGCAAUUUGGGAUUCGAUCAGCUGGAUUCGUUGGAGCAACAUCUUAACCAGCACAUGUACGAAAUACUGAAAUGUGGAAAAUGUGAUUUUGAAUGUUUACCAGUUCUUGAUAUGAUUUCUCACAUGUUGAAACAUCGAAACAUUGGUGAAAAUGACAAAACAACCCAGGAUAAAUGCAGGGUAUGUACUGGUAACAUGAAUGUCACGCCUUCCAGUGAUGAACAAAUUCAGUUUUCAUGUGAUAAGUGUGGCCGCGUGUAUCCCAAUCAAGCACAAUUGAUUCAGCAUGCAAAAGAAAGCCACAACCUCACAGACAGUUCGCAGAUCUGUUGCAUUUUCUGUGGCUUCAAGACAUCAAGAAGGCGUGAACUGGAUAUUCACAUCAGGAAACAUUACAUGCGCAAGUCAUUCUACUGUGCAGUUUGUGAAUAUCAGUGUGCCGAGCUGAGACAAAUGGAUGCACAUAUCAAGCAGCAUACCAAUUGGAACAUGCGUGUCUGCAAGUGUGGUUACAAAACUAACGAUGCACUUGCUUUUGAAAGACAUCUUAAUCAGCUCAAAAUGGAUAGUAAUUUACAUGAGCAAAAGGAUAUGGGAUAUGGCUCUUUCUUCAGAAGAUCAUUCAAUGAUGAAGAUUAUGAUGAUAAUGAAGAAGAUUAUAAUGACAAUGCUGAUGAGGAAAAUAAAUUUUCCAACAAAUCAAUGAGAACAAAGCCUUUAGAAAAAAAUAUGAAGGUUGUUGAGAAACGCUUUUAUUCUGGAGGGGAUAUUCGGACGAUGGUAGACCAUUCUGGUGAAAUUGAACAUAAUUCAGGGAAGAGUGCAAAAAGUCGCAAUAGCAGCUCGAGAAAUGCAGAAAACGAUGUGGUUAACAUUGAAAGUACUAAGACUGCAAACAAUGUUGACAAAUAUUCUAAAAAUACUGUUGACAGCACAAUAAAGAAUCCAGACAAUGGUUCUGACCAAACUGCUAACAUCACUGAGAACACUGACACCCAUACUGACAACAGUUCUAACAUUAUCAGCAACAGUUUUGAAAAUACUGCAAACUGUUCAAGCGUAACUGCUGAAAGCUCCAGCAACACUUCCAAUCCUACUAGCAAUACUAAAAACAUUGCUAACAGCUCCUACAUUAGUGACAACACUUCCAACAACAACACUAAAAACUCUGAUAUAGCUAAGAAUUCUAAGGACACUGCAAUCUUCAAUGAGAAAACUGCAGAAAGCACUGUAAGAAUUCUGAGCAACUCUGGGGAGGAUGAUAACAGCACUGAGAAAACUGUGACUACUUUAGACCAAAAAUUGAGUCAUCCCAACGUGAUUGUGGAAGCAGUAGAAGAAAAUGACAACGAUAUAAGUAUUGUUUAUGAAAACGUGGUGAAAUUCGUGGCUAUUACUGAAAAAGCUAUUGAUAGGAUUGUAGGUGAUGGCAAUAGGCCUAGUAAUGGAGACUUGGGGAAAGAAGGAAAUGAAACUACUGAUGAUACAAAGAAUAAAAUACGUGGGACUGUGAAUAAGGUAGGUGGUUAUGAAAAAACGAUGAAUAACACAGUUGUUGAUCUGAGCAUUACUGAUGAAAAUUAUCCCAAUUUGACAAUGAAGAAUUCUUACAAGAUCAUUGAUAAAAAUAGUUAUGUCGUUGAGAUUGAACAACUUGGAGAUGAUGAUGAACAGGAGCGGAAAAAAAUUGAACAAAACACUGAUUGUAUCAUAGAAAUUGAAGAAAAUGAUGAUUGUAAAAUUGUUGAGGAGAAGGAUUUUGAGAGAAAUACAAAUGAAGUUGAGAUUGAGGAGAAUAUCAAAAGUGAUAGCCAUCUUGUCAAGAAAAUUGAAAAACCCAUCAGUGAUGUUGAUAGUAGAAUCAAUAAAGAAAAUACAAAUCUUGAUGGGAACAUUGAAGCAGUUAUCAGUGGUAUUGGGAUUGAAGUAAUCAUAAGUAGUAAUCCAGAACACAUUGAGAAAACUAUUGAUGAAAUUGGUAUUGAUGUAAAUAGUGAUUGCAAGCUUGGUGAGGAAUCAGCAGUGAACAAUUUUGACAGGAGUAUAGUGAGAGAUAUCAAUAACGUUGAAAUUGAAGAAAAUGAUAAUACUUCCUCAAAAAUGACUCGUGAUAAUGAUCAGCAUGUUGACAAGAGUAUGAAUAAAGUUUUGGUUGAAGAAAAUGGUGAUUGUGGGGAUGUUGAUUGGACAGAACAUCAUGACGAAGAUAUUAAUAAAAAUAUCAAAGAUACUAAGGUUGAAGCCAAUGUAGAUGAUAAUGAUCAUGCUAAAGAGUCACAGAAGAAUGAAUAUGAUGAUGAGAAUUCUCUUAAAUUAGAACUAUGUAGUAAUGAUGGUCAUGAGAAAAAUAUCAAAGAUACUAAGGUUGAAGCCAAUAUGAAUGAUAAUGAUCAUGUUAAAGAGUCACAGAAAAAUGAAUAUGAUGAUGAUGAGAAUUCUCUUAAAAUGGAGCCAUGUUGUAAUGAUGAUCAUGUUGGAAGAAUCUUUGAGGAAAAUAAUGGUGUUCCUGUAGUUUUUUUGAGUGAAGAAGAACAUGCUGAUGAUUCCAUGAAAGGUUUUCACGAGGAAAAUUCCAAUGUUAUUGAAUUCGGAGCAGAUAAUGAUUGUGAGGAUGUUGAAGAGUCAGUGAAAAAUGUUGUGAUGUCUGAUGAUCAGGAAAAUAUAGAUGAUUUCGAACUAAAAAGAAACAUUGGGAGUGAAAAGUGUGAUGAAGUUGGGAAAAAUCCAAUAGAUGUUGAAGAUGAAACAGAUAAUGUUGUUGAACAUGUUGAGCCAUCAAUUGACAAGGAUAUUGAGGCAAGUAUUUCCAAUUUUGAUGAAAAAAAUACAAGAACAUCUUCAGACAAAACAAUGGAAUGCUUUCAGAACAAGAUGGAGGAUAUUGUUCAGGAUAUUGAAACUGAAGCGGAUAGUAUGAAUUAUAAUGGUGAUAAACAUGGUGACAGACAAGGAGAAACGUUUCAGAAAAACAUGAACAAAAAUGUUGUUGCUAUCGAGUCUGAAGAAACACAAAGAAUGAUCACAGGUAGAGAAUGGGCCAUCAGUAGUGUAAAGCAUUCAAACAAACACACUGACUUUGUUACAUCAAAUGUGGAACUUACUGAUAUAAAUAAUUUAAGAAUAAUGGUGAAAAUAGAUCUGAAUAAGCUCAUCAAGUUAGGUACAAUCGAGGCUUAUAUGAAUAGGAAAAAAUUUUCUGUGAAAAUACCAUCAAUAAAUGUUGAAGGGGAUAUAGUGGCUGAAAUGCGAAGUACUACUUCAAGACAAUAUUCAAGUCAAGCUAAAAUAGAGGGUGGAGGUAUACUGAGUGUCAGCAAACUGGCUGAUAAUACUGGGGAAAAAACGACAAAAAAGAAUCCAGACAAUGUUCGGUUGAGAGUUACCAGUGUUAAACAUGCUAAAACUGCUCAACUGCCAAGAAAGAGUUCGCAUAAAGUCAGUUCAACAAGAACCGACAACAAGUCAGUACAACAAGAAGCAUCUUUAGUCAAACUACCGAAGCAAAUUGGGAACAGAGUUGUAGGCUCAUCAACAAUGAAAAGUGGUAAAACUAUUGUUGAUAAGAUAACAAACCGAAAACAUCUGGUCAAAACAUUGGUUACUGAUUUUGAAAAAUCAGCAACAGACAAUGUGGUCAAAUAUGGAAAAGAUAAAGCUAAGAAUAGCUCAUCUAAAGAUUCUUUGGAAUUAGCUACAAGAAAUUAUAAGCAGUCAGUACAGAAUGUAGAAUGUACAGCUGGAACAUCCUUAAUUUCAAAUUUUGACAAAUCAUCCAUGAAACGUUCAGCCACAGGCAGAAAGUCACAAGAACCCUCAAGUUCAAGUUAUACAAAAUAUGUUUCAAAAAAUGAAAAUUUGACUAAACAUGGAGCUAAAAGAUCCUUUGCUCACAAAUCAUUCACUGAAAAACCAGACCAAAAUGUGAAUUCAGCAAAACAUGGAGCUGAGAAGAAAUCAAGCACAUAUUUUGACAAUACAUCUAUGAAUGGUGUAGUCAAUACAAAAAUUUCAACUAUACUUGGUAGAAAGAGAGCUUCUUCUUUUGAAAAUGAUUCAGCAAUGUCCAAUUGGAAGCGGAUGAGAUAUUUUGAUAUCAAGAAUACCCCAGUUGAAAUAAAUGCUAGAAGAUUGUCAGUUGAUACUGUUGAACAAGUUAAGAGCAGAUCUUCAGAAAUAAGUCAAAACAAUAAUGUAUGUGAAGGGACAAGAAAAAAGUAUCACGUUGGUAACACUGCCAGAAAUUUGAGACAAAGAGAUGACGAAUCAGAUCAAAUGAGUUCAAGUGAAGAUUCAAGUGAACAUUUACAAAAGUUCUCUCAGAAAACUGCAAUAGAUUACAUAUUCAAAUCAGCCCAGCGAAAAGCUAAAUAUUUAGCUAAACCGAAAAUUCAAGAACAAGAAAAAAUGAAGGCAAACUUCUCCACGGAUAGUCCUAUUUCUUGGAAAAGAGCAAAAGAAGAUUCAUCGAUGAAUAAGAAAGACUGUAGUUUUUUUAAAUAUGAAAAAGAGGUAGGGCAACAAAAUUCUAACAAAACAUCAAAAACAAUUGAGGAGGAUAAAGUAAUUGAAAAGUUAAAUCAAGAGAAUGGAGUCAACUCCACUAAACCAAGUCCUGGAAUAAUUUUACAAUCGGAAAAUGGAGAAUUUGCCAUGGAAUACACAGGAGAAACUGAUGUGUUAAUAAGGAACGAGACUACUUGGAGGUAUGAAGGGGUGACGAAAAAUACCUCAUCCAGUGCUGAUCAAGCAAGACAGCCCUCAAUAUUUGACAAAAUGUUCCCUGCAGAAUUUGACAAUUCAAAAUCGUAUGCCUAUGUUACUUGUUUAACAGACUCGGGGAAAUUAAUAACAAAAUCUGCAGGCGAAUGUAAAGAAGCUGGAGUUUAUGAUCACAGUCAUGAUGAGGAAAGAACUGCACUUUUCUUAUGUGCACUGCCCUACAAAACAAUUAUACCCAACUCCAUUAAAAUUGUGAGAAAACAGACUGAUAACAAUUCAGAGUGGAUAAUAAUCCUUUAUUGAAUUUAUUUUCAGUCUCAAUUGAAACUUCCAAUCCAUCCUAUCAUGCAUCAUAGGUCGGAAGGUUGUUCUACAUUGAAUGAAAUCCUGAAACCUUGUAUCUUGGGAUUGAUAUUUUUAGUAGCCUACCGUGUUGUCAUUAAUUAGUUGAAAAUGUUAUAGAUGUUCACUGGCAUCUGUGGCUCAAAAUGUUAAAAAAAAUUGUGUGGCAAUCAGUAUCUGAAGCCGUAAUUCCAUAUUGAUGAAGCCUAUCCUAUUGAUCAAAUCUACAACACUCAUCAGUUGAUUGCAUCUGAAAUCAUAAAGCAGGAUUAGCUGCUGCUAUAGCUGAGAGAGUAGAACAACUUUGUUUGAACAGAACAACUAUCAAAUUCUAAAAAGUAAGUUGCACUAUUAAAUAAAAAAUAUAAUAACGCACAUAGUUCGUUUAAGAGGAUAUUUUGAGAAACUACAUGAUUGUAUCAGUUAUUUUUCUACAUAAUCUCCUUUAAUUUCAAAACAUUUUUGGUAUCGUGGUAUAAGUUUUUUUAAUUCAGUGUCAUACCAUUCUGCCUCCAAACUGGUUAGCCAUGUCGGAACUUCAUGUAUGAGAUUCCCUUCGUUCGCAAAGUGUCUUCCCCCAAGGUGUUGUUUCAGCUAUGGAAUCAGAUGCGAAAGUCGCUUGAAGCCUGAUCAGGGGAGUAUGGUGGAGUAAGUGGUAGCUCCAUAGUGGUUUGAUCGCAACUGACAAAUAAGUCAUGGCGGCCUCUUAGGAAUUCUACAGUGCUAUCACAACACCCAGACAAAAGUCCACUGCGAAUGCCAGACGUAUCCUGCCAACUGCGCGGAUAUAAAAAACUAGUGCAACUUACUUUUGAGAUGACCAGAGUAACAUAAUAAUUGUUGAUGAUGUUAUUGAAAUUAUUAAUUUCUAUGAAGAUAUAAUGAAAGCAUGGGCCUGAAUUAAAUGAUUUUGGGUCCUGUGAUUCAGUGAAUGGUCAAAUCAAUUGAAUUCCAUUGCGCGACGGAGCACUUGAGCAGCGUCUUUUCAAUGUUAUGUAAUUUGUCCUUAGAUUACUUUGAUAAUAUUGCUAUUACAAUUCAUUUGAUGGAUUUUUCUACCUUGAGUAGAACAAACUCUUUACUCACUUGUGUUGAAAUCAACUGAAGCUACACUAAAUUAAAUUGAAAUUUUUGGUA